AUGAGCUUGAGCGGAAGCGGAGCUCAGCAGGAGCAGAGCGCAGCGCAGAGUAGCCAAUCUCGACAAGCACAGACACAGCCACAGAAAAGUACAAAUCAAUCGCCUAAACGUGCAAUACCCAAUAGUAGGAAUGCAGUGCUGGUGAAUUCGUGCCAGCGUGGUAAUCCCAUUCUUAAAGAAGUUAGAAAUGUCAACUGGGAGUAUGCAGAUAUAGUACCAGAUUACGUCGCUGGAUCUAGUACAGGUAUUAUGUUCUUGAGUCUACGAUAUCAUCGCUUGCAUCCAGAAUACAUACACAUGCGGAUAGAGCGUCUGGGCGCGAUGUAUCAGCUUCGUAUACUACUCCUCAUGUGCGAUGUCGCAGACUCUGAAGGCUCAAUAAAAGAAGUAACAAAGACAUGCCUAAUUAACAACAUGACUGUGGUUAUAGCUUGGUCUCCACAACAAGCAGGUCAUUAUCUCAGUCUCUACCUCCAGCUCGACAAUAAACCUCCAGACAGUCUAAAGGAGAAGACGCCGACAGAUUACCAGAGUAUCGUCAAUAACGCCCUCACGACGAUUAAAGGUGUUAACAAGACAGACGUCUAUCAGCUAUUAACGAGAUUUGGUAGCUUCAAAAAUAUUGUAAAAGCUUCUCCCGAUGAGCUGACGAAAUGUCCUGGUUUCGGCGACGUCAAAGUGCGUCGUAUGCAAGAAGCAUUCAACUAUUCAUUGAAAGUUGGAGUAAAAGGGCAACAACUGUCUGGUAAGAAUGCUGAUACAGGUGUUGAGAAUAAGAACAAGAACCAGUCGCAAAGUAUUCAGCAGACCGGUGCGGAUGCGGGCUCGGGUGUUUCAGAAAAUCAAGCAUUACAGCAACGAGAUGGGGAGGAGAUUGAUUUACUCGACUCUGAUGAAGAUGCGUUGGACCAAGUUGCUGCUAAUUUUGAUCAUUCAAAGCAAGAUAAUGUGAGUGAUGAGCAGAAGAAGCAACAGAAACAACAGCAAGAGAAGAAGGAGCAAGCAGUGUCGCAGCAUCAUAUUCAUCAGCUUCAUCAACCAAAUGAACCCUCAGAACCAUCCCAACCAGAAGAAGAAAUAGAUCUUCUAGAUUCUGACGAAGAUGCAUUGAAUGAAGUAGCAGCUAAUUUCAACUAUUAG